AUGUCAGCACAACAAAAGAGACUUCAGAUGUUAAGUCAAACUCUAGAAGAACUUUUAGAGUCUUGUGAGAAAGAAGAUAUCACCAAUAUAGAAGGUCGAGUCCUUAAUAAUGAAAUGAAUAAUGAACCAGACCAAAUAGAUCGAAAUAUCAGAAUAAUGUAUGACAACUAUAAGAAUAGUUUUGAAAGGAUAAAACAAUGCAUCGACAGAACAACGUUAAACAAAACUACCAAGAAACAACUAACGACCAAAAUACAGAAAAGUUAUCGAUGUAGAGUAGAUGAAAUGGUGAUCAGGCUAGACCCUGAAGCUACUUGUAAGGAACCAAUAAAUCCACAGACUCACGUAUUUACAUCGAGUACUAGGAAACAACUCCCUAAGGAAGCCAAAGAAUUUCUAGAGCGAGUAUUUAAGAAACAACAUACAUUAAACUCAAAGGAAAGAGAAGCAGUAGCAAAACAAUGUGGUAUCUCUCCAAUACAAGUGAGAGUCUGGUUUAUAAACAAACGAAUGCGCUCGAAAUGA